AUGGCGGAUAUGGAGGAGAAGAUGGUGGAGAAAGUGGUGCUUGUUAGCAGUGGAAUUGGGUAUACGGAAGAGCAGAAAUCUGAGUAUCUGGAGAAGAUUGGGCGGAAUGUGGCGGAGAUUUUGGUAGCGGAAAAAUCAAGAGAGGGAGGAGGAAGAAGGCUAUUUUGGCUUCUAUCAGUUGCGUCAUUGUGUAGUAAUUGUCUGUGUGAUGACAAAAACCCGAGACAAAUUUUGUGCAUUAAGAAUGAGAGAUUGGCGAUUUUGCAGUUUAAGAAUGAUCUGAUAGAUGGUGCCAACCGCCUCUCUUCUUGGAGCAGUGCCAAGAACAUGGACUGUUGUCAAUGGGCUGGAAUCGUCUGUGAUAACAUUACUGGCCAUGUCCAAGAGCUUCAUCUUCAAGGACCUGAUCCUGAUCUUGAAGAAGCAUCCAAUGAGAGACUUGGAGGAACCAUAAAUCCUUCUUUACUAUCGUUGAAGCAACUUAAGUACCUUGACUUGAGCUGCAACGAUUUUGAAGCUAUUCAAAUUCCAAGUUUCAUAGGUUCUCUAAUAAACUUGAGAUACUUGAAUCUCUCACUAUCACAAUUCCAAGGUGACGUUCCUCAUGAAAUCGGUAAUCUGUCCAAUUUGGUUGUCCUCGAUCUCAGAAUUGGACGAUGGCUAAGUGAUUUUACUGUUAAGAGCUUGGAUUGGUUGUCGGGUCUUCCUUUACUACAGUACCUCGACAUGUCUGGAUAUGAUCUAAACACUGUGUCUGAAUGGCUUCAAGCGAUCCACACCCUUCCAGCAUUGAACGAAUUGUACUUGUCUUCAUGUAAUCUCUCUCAAAUCCCACGUCACCCAAUCAAACUUAAUUUCACUUCGCUUACCAUUCUUGAUCUUUCUUAUAACUUCUUUGACACUUUGAUGCCUGGGUGGAUUUUUAGUCUAAGUAAGCUAGUUUCAUUGGAUUUGUCUAGAUGCCUUUUCCAUGGUCCGGUUCUUGAUAGUGUUAGUGGUUUCAACAACCUGACUCAUCUAAAAUUUCUUCAUGUUACUGAAAAUGAUUUUAUGAAUUCACCAUAUGUUUUGAGGGGGUUGAUGAGCCUAACAAGUCUUGUGUCGCUAGAUGUUAGUACCUGUGAUAUUUCAAGUCCAGUUCUUGGUGGCCUUCAUAAUAUGACUUCUCUUGUUAGUAUCGAUUUGUCACAAAAUCAUAUUGUGGAGGCUUUGCCAAACUCAUUUGGUGUCCUUUGCAACUUGAUUUAUAUUGACUUCCGAUCUAAUAAUUUCAGUGGAAGUGUAUCGGAGCUUUUAACUAAUUUGUGUGAAUGCAAAUCACGUAAGUUGGAGUAUUUAGCUUUUUCUGCAAACCGCCUUUCUGGUUCUAUUCCAGAGAGAAUAGGACAACUUCAAAAUCUGGUCACUUUUGAUCUUGCAUUCAAUUACAUUUCUGGUACAAUUCCUUAUUCUUUAGGAAGAUUGUCAUUCUUGAAGGAGUUGAUGCUUAAUGUUAACUCCCUUUCUGGUCCUCUACCCGAUUCACUUGGGAACUUAACAUCAUUGUUUUGGUUAGAGAUUUCUUACAACAAUUUCAAUGGAAGUCUACCUGAAAGUAUAGGACACCUUGGGAACUUGGAUUAUAUGAGUGUGCAUCACAAUUUAUUGACGGGUGUUCUAACGGAAAAUCACUUUGCCAAUCUCACAUUAUUGAAGACCAUAUGGGCAGAAGCAAACAUGUUAUCGCUACAACUAAGAGACCAAAAUUGGGUCCCACCUUUCCAACUUAAGGUCCUGAGAAUAGGUUCUUGGAGUUUAGGUCCUCACUUUCCUUCAUGGAUUCAGUCACAAGGAAACUUGACUGAUUUGGACAUAGCCAAGGCAGGAAUUUCAGAUGUCAUGCCAAGUUGGUUUUGGAGCUCGUUUUCAGAUAUUGUUUUCUUGAAUAUAUCUCAAAAUAGUAUCCAUGGGAUUCUGAAAGGAGAUCUUAGCAUCCUUGCACCAAAUGCAAUCGUAGAUCUAAGUGACAACUAUUUUGAAGGUCCAUUACCUGGAAAUUUCAGUGAAGCUGAUUUUGUUUUUCUAGAUGUAUCAAACAAUAAUCUUUCAGGGUCCAUUGAGCAGUUCUUGUGUCCAAGUUUGGAAAAAGAUAGACCCCUACAAGUUCUUGAUCUAGCCAAUAACAACAUGUCGGGUGUUAUUCCGGAUUGUUGGAUGAAUUGGCAAGCUUUAUCAGUUGUAAACUUUGAGAACAAUAAGUUUUCUGGUGAAAUUCCAGAAUCUGUGGGGAACUUAUUUUCCCUUCUAUCAUUCAACAUCCGCAACAACAAGCUCUCUGGAAAACUACCUGCAUCUCUAUUGAAUUCUGAAAGCUUACAGAUUAUUGAACUUGCUGAGAAUGAAUUCAUAGGAAGCAUACCAUCGUUUAUAGAUGGAGAAGAAACAAAGUUGAAACUACUCAGCCUCAGAUCAAACAAGCUGCAAGGUGAAAUCCCUGAUGAACUAUGUCGUCUCACAUCGAUCCAGAUCCUGGAUCUUGCUCAUAACAAUCUAUCAGGAACACUUCCGACAUGCUUCUACAACUUCAGCAUCAUGUCUGGAAGGCAAGGCUCAAGUCCAAUUGUUCUAUAUGAUGUGCCAUUUCAGGAUCAAGUUCUUGGCAGUGCGUUGUUGGUGACUAAAGGAAGAGAGUUUGAAUAUAGCACCAUUUUAUAUCUGGUAACAACUUUGGAUCUUUCAGUUGUAUGCAACAAGAAAGGGGCACCACCUGAUGCAAGCAUAGGAAGUGGAGAAGAACAAAAUGAGGAUGAUGAAUCAGAUGGACAGAACUGGGGAUUUAUCAUCAGCAUUGUGCUUGGAUUUAUAAUUGGUUUUUGGGUUAUGGUUGCUCCAUUAAUUGCAAGAAUUGAAAAGCUUAUAGAAGGGUCCGUCUUUCCGUCUUUUGUUGCUUCGGUCAAUGCAAGAAACCUUUUGAAUCCAUUUGUGGUGGCACCUCUUCCAAGGGCCGCAGAUCUACUAAGAACAUCUUCUCUCGAUAAAAUAAUUGCAACCGAAGGUAGACCCGCCAUGGGAGGUGGCAUAAGAGUUGCCACCACCUGUGCCUGUACUGUUUGCAUGAAAACCCAACACCACUACCACCACUAUCACCGACCACCACCACCACCGCCGCCGCCACCACCGCCGCCACCACCACCGCCACCACCACCGUUGCCGCCCCACCGACCACCAACGCUGUCGCCACAACCACAACCACUACCACCGCCACCGUUGCCACCACCGACCACCACUACCACCUCCAUGACCACCACCCACCACCACCGCCGCCGUCACCACCACCCACCAUCACCGUCGUCGCCGCCACCCACCGCCACUGCUUGCGACGCCACCACCACUACCAUCAUCGUCGUUACCACCGUCGUCGUCGCCGCCACCGACCACCACCACCACCACCAUUAUUGCCGCCGCCACCACCACUACCAAUGCCAUCACCCACCACCACUGCCGCAACCACUACCACCACCAACGUUGCUACCAUCGCCGCUACCACUACCACCGCCACAAUAA